AUGUUGGCCGUACAUGUGUGCAGUGUGGCCACCGGCCAAGAGCUCUGCAUCAUCUCAGCAGGCCGUGAUUGGACAGUGCAUGAGCUCAGCGUGAAGGUUGCAACUCAGCUUGGAGCCAAACUGCACUCACAAACCUUCCUGCAGGGUCCGAGAGUCCUCGAAAGCACUGAGUCCUUGAACGACUUCUUAGAGACGGAGGAUGCAAAAACCCUGGAGCUGCAGCUUCUGAGAAAGUCUUGGGUGGUGACGGUCGAAUACGAGGAUGAAGCUGUGGACAUCGAGGCAUAUCCCGAGUGCACAUUGCAGGCCUUCGGCGUGUUGGUGGCUGACAGGCUUCAACUCCCCGCCGCCACAAGACCUAGCUUCUACCUUCAGGACAAACCGCUAGACUGGGACGGCGAAGCCGAGACAAGCUUGGCGGAUGUAGGCAUCCAGCCGGGUGUCACAUUGCAGGUACCAUUCACAAGCAACCUGGAGUUGAUGUGCAAAGGGAGGCCUGCAUUGCAGAGUCGGCGGUCCGAGUUCUUAGAAUCGAAUGCGGCCUUGUGCCUCAUUGAUCAAUGCCAAGAGGACUUCUUGCUUCCCAAGGAUGAGUUCUGUGAAGAUCUGGCAGAGUGGAGUAUUGGUCAAUCUGUCGACUCGCUACACCCAGGGACUGGAGGCUUCCUGUGCGACUCCCUUGCCAAGCUGCCACGGCUCUUCACUCCAGACGAGUGCAGGAAAAUCGUCAGGUCUUCCGAGAAGCUGGCAAUGGCACCCAUGGAUGUGGCCUGCUUCCGGGGCACCCGCCGCUACCAGCGCGUCGUCGUGCGGGACGAGACCUUGGCACGGAAGCUGUGGGAGCGAGCGGAGCCCUACGUGCGCGAGGCACUCGAAGGCCAGAGCCUGAGACCUCUUGGCUUCGGCUGUGCGGGUGACUGGGAGCUCGAGGGCCUGAAUCACUGUUUUCGUGUGAAUUCCUAUGGGCCAGGGGGAUUUCUGAAGCCGCACCGCGAUGCGCCCUUCGCCCAGCAUUCUAAUCUCAGGAGCCUGUGCACGCUGCUCAUUCCUUUGGACUCCGUGGGAAGGACGCGCUUCUUCCAUCCUGUGAAGCCUUUGGAUUUUCGAGGCAUGACCCUGAACGAAGAGCUUGAGGCAAGAGGUGGAUUGGCUGCCGGCUUUGAGGCUCUGGACGUUCGUCUCUCAGCUGGUCGUGGCUUGCUCUUCGGUCAGAGCCUGCUCCAUGAAGGCAUCCCGGCAGAGGGCUCGGAGCGAAAGAUCCUUCUUCGAACCGACGUGCUUGUAAGGAGAAGGCUCCACAUUCCCACAGUGCUGCCCCUUGGCUGUUUCGGUUUAGGUUUGCGACGCUUCAUGGUUGGACUUAACAAAACGUAG